AUGGACUACCACAGUAUGGACUACCACAGUAUAGACUACCACAGUAUAGACCACCACAGUAUAGACCACCACAGUAUAGACUACCGCAGUCUAGACUACCACAGUAUAGACCACUACAGUAUAGACUACCACAGUAUAGACCACCACAGUAUAGACUACCACAGUAUGCACUACCACAGUAUGGACUACCACAGUAUGGACUACCACAGUAUGGACUACCACAGUACGGACUACCACAGUAUAGACUACCACAGUAUAAACUACCACAGUAUAGACGACCACAGUAUAAACUACCACAGUAUAGAUUACCACAGUAUAGACGACCACAGUAUAGAUUACCACAGUAUGGACUACCACAGUAUGGACUACCACAGUAUAGACCACCACAGUAUAGACUACCACAGUAUAGACGACCACAGUAUAGAUUACCACAGUAUGGACUACCACAGUAUGGACUAUGACAAUACGGACUACCACAGUAUAGACUACCACAGUAUGGACUACCAAAGUAUAGAUUACCACAGUAUGGACUACCACAGUAUAGACUACCACAGUAUAGACUACCACAGUAUGGACUACCACAGUAUGGACUACCACAGUAUGGACUACCACAGUAUGGACUACGACAAGACGGACUACCACAGUAUAGACUACCACAGUAUAGACUACCACAGUAUAGACUACCAAAGUAUAGAUUAA